AUGAACUGCGUCUGCCGCAAUGGAUACUACCGCACCGACUCUGACCCACUCCAGAUGCCGUGCACGACUGUGCCCUCAGCUCCGCAGAAUGUGAUCUCUAGCGUAAACGAAACCUCGGUGAUGCUGGAGUGGAUGCCUCCUCGGGAUUCGGGGGGCCGCGAGGACGUGGUCUUCAACAUCAUCUGCAAGAGCUGCGGCGGAGGCCGAGGGGGGUGCACCCGCUGCGGAGACAACGUCCAGUUUCUGCCCCGGCAGCUGGGCCUGACGGAGAGCCGGGUCUACAUCAGCGAACUGCUGGCCCACACCCAGUACACGUUCGAGGUUCAGGCCGUCAACGGGGUGUCGGAUCAGAGCCCCUACUCCCCUCAGUAUUCCUCAGUCAACAUAACGACCAACCAGGCCGCGUUCCCACCUUCCCCCAUUACCCCGUACCCAGUUCUGUCUGGUGACACGGGAUUGGAGUUCUGCGGUGCAAAAACGCUACAGGGCCGGGGUCACAGGAACCAGGAGCCAAUAAUUGCAUCUGGUUUGUGUGGCAUGGAGUUAACACUCUGCUUCUGUCUCUUCACAGCUCCAUCCACUGUAUCUAUAAUGCACCAGGUCAGUCGUACUGUGGACAGCAUCACCCUCUCCUGGUCCCAGCCAGACCAGCCUAAUGGAGUCAUUCUGGACUAUGAGCUUCAAUAUUAUGAAAAGGAUCAAUCGGAGUAUAACUCCACCACCAUCAGAAGCCAGACCAACACGGUGGUCAUCCGUGGCCUCAAGCCAGGAAGCAUCUACGUGUUCCAGGUCCGGGCCCGCACUGUGGCCGGGUUCGGGCGCUACAGUGGCAAGCUGUACUUCCAGACCAUGACGGAGGAGGAAUACAACACAAGCAUUCAGGAGAAACUACCUCUCAUCAUAGGCUCGGCAGCUGCAGGGUUGGUCUUCCUCAUAGCUGUGGUUGUUAUUAUCAUCGUCUGUAAUCGGAGGCGUGGCUUCGACAGGGCCGAUUCAGAAUACACAGACAAACUGCAGCACUACACCAGCGGCCACAUGACUCCAGGAAUGAAGAUCUACAUUGAUCCAUUCACAUAUGAGGACCCCAAUGAAGCUGUGAGGGAGUUUGCCAAGGAGAUUGAUAUAUCCUGUGUGAAGAUUGAACAGGUCAUUGGUGCAGCAUGUGUAUCAGAUAUCGGGUGGAUUAUCAAAAUCAUCUACAAGGCCAAAACUAUCAUGGGCCAUAAACCGAGUGAGGAAGGCAAGGUAAUCAAUGCCAUAGAGCAGGACUAUCGGCUACCUCCUCCCAUGGACUGCCCCAGCGCACUGCACCAGCUCAUGUUGGACUGCUGGCAAAAGGACCGCAACAACAGGCCCAAGUUCAGCCAAAUAGUUAACAACCUCGAUAAGAUGAUUCGCAAUCCCAACACGCUGAAGGCCAUGACUCCUUUAUCUUCAGGUGUUCAUCUCCCUCUCUUGGACCGCAGUAUCCCAGAUUUCUCCACCUUCAGCAAUGUGGAUGAAUGGCUGGAUGCCAUUAAGAUGGGCCAGUACAAAGACAAUUUUGCCAAUUCCGACUUUUCUACAUUUGAUGUGGUGUCUCAGAUGACCAUGGAUGACAUCCUGAGGGUUGGCGUGACGUUAGCAGGCCAUCAAAAGAAGAUUCUCAACAGCGUCCAGAUGAUGCGGGCACAGAUGAACCAGAUCCAGUCGGUGGAGGUUUGA